CUCACAUGAUUGUGCUACCUGUGGGUGCAAGCGUUUUUCAGUGGCAGCGCUGGGCUCGCACUCCCAGAUUAUCAUGGAGAAAGUAGUGAUGCGACGUUCCGUCCAUUGUGCAGAUGCGAUCGCAUCGACAAAGGCCCGGCUACGCCUGCGGCGCCGGUUUCUUCCCUUUAUGGAGGCCAGAGCCUACAUUCAGUCGCUGGACUUGCACUUGACACGCAUCGAGCCUGGGCCGCAAGCGCUGAGCGGCCUAAAUUUAUUCCGUCGAACUCUCAGAGAGUAUACACCGUUCGCGGGUGGACAUGCUUUCCUGAUUUCCUGGGAUACACACAGCGAAAAACGCGUAGAUCUGCUGGAGAUGAGGUUAUACGCAGACGAAGAAAGCUGCACAUGUGCAGCGAGGUCACGCUUCGAAUCAGACUGCGUGUGCAGCAUAUGAGGGCUUCGCAAAUGAUUUUCUUUGCCAGCAGAUGCCUGAGUUUGAAGGGUUUCGUCUGCCGCAGCGUUGCCGUGCUACGCUUUUGUUGCGUUCCAC